CUGCCCUGCAGAAGGAUGGAGGCUCUCAACGUGUCUGUCCCGCUCAACUUCUCCCUGCCCCCCAACUUCGGCAAGCGCCCCACCGACCUGGCCCUGAGCAUCACCCUGGUGUUCAUGCUCCUCAUCAUGAUGCUCUCGCUGGGCUGCACCAUGGAGUUCAGCAAGAUCAAGGAGCACUUCUGGAAGCCUAAGGGGAUGGCCAUCGCCCUGGUGGCUCAGUAUGGCAUAAUGCCCCUCACCGCCUUUGCCCUGGGCAAGAUCUUUCGAUUGAACAACAUUGAGGCGCUUGCCAUCCUGAUCUGCGGCUGCUCACCUGGGGGGAACCUGUCCAAUAUCUUCAGUCUGGCCAUGAAGGGGGACAUGAACCUCAGCAUCGUGAUGACCACCUGUUCCACCUUCAUUGCCCUGGGCAUGAUGCCCCUCCUCCUGUAUGUUUACUCCAGGGGGAUCUAUGAUGGGGACCUGAAGGACAAGGUACCCUAUGGAGGCAUUGUGCUAUCACUGAUCCUGAUUCUCAUUCCUUGCACCAUAGGCAUCUUCAUCAAUGCCAAACGGCCACAAUAUGUACGCUAUGUCAUCAAGGGAGGAGCGGUCAUCAUGAUUCUGCUCAGUGUGGCCAUCACAGUGCUCUCGGUCAUCAACGUGGGCAAGAGCAUCCUGUUCGUGAUGACCCCCCACCUGUGGGCCACCUCCUCCCUCAUGCCUCUCAUUGGCUUCCUGCUGGGCUACCUUCUCUCCGCUCUCUUCCGCCUCAAUGGACAGUGCAGACGCACUGUCAGCAUGGAGACUGGAUGCCAAAAUAUUCAGCUCUGCUCCACCAUCCUCAAUGUGACCUUCCCCCCUGAAGUCAUCGGACCACUUUUCUUCUUCCCUCUCCUCUACAUGAUUUGCCAGCUUGGAGAAGGGCUUCUCCUCAUUGUCAUUUUUCGGUGCUAUGAGAAAAUCAAGCCUUCCAAGGAUAAAACAAAAAUAACCUACACAGCUGCCACAACUGAAGAAACUGUUCCAGCAACUCUGGGAAACGGCACUCAUAAAGAAGAGUGCCCCCCUUACACAGCCUAGCCCUCCCCCAGUGGCCUGGCUUCAGGUCAGAGGCGAUUCAGGCCAGUGUGGUCAACGACAGACAGAAGAUGAAAGGAACACACCAGCAGUGUCUGAGUCUUUCUCCGGCAUUUCCAGCAGAAACUACCAGCAUCAUCAAAAGCCUUGCCUGGAGGACAGAUUGGGGGGAGGUGGGGUGGUCAACCCUAAAAGCCUCACCUAUCUCCAGCUUAGAAUUUGAUAUUUUUUUUAAAAAAAGUAAAGACUUAUUCAAUGACAGCCCUAUGAAGGAAACCAAAACUACCUUUUACCUCUCCUCUCCACAACAGUGCCUGUUAGGCAUCUAAAAGGCACCUGAUCUCUCAUCCUGGCCACCAAAAGGCUGCAGGUUCCAUCCCGUCGGGGUGCCUCCCAAGAGGCAACCGAUGGAUGUCCUUCUCUCUCCUCCUCCCUUUCUCUCUAAAAUCAAUACACAUAUCCUUGGGUGAAGAUUUAAAAAACAAGCACUCGAUUUCUAAACUAGUCAAAAAGUUUUUCCUCAAAAUCAAAUACCCAAAUCCUGUUCCAAGUUUUGUGACUAAAAGAUAAUGCUCAGAGAGCUGUACGAUUAGACUUCUAAAGUCCUUUCUAAUAACCUUAAAAAUUCAGAUCCUGCUCCUUCCAUCACUCUACUGUGAUUAAAGUUCCUGAGAACACAAAUACACCACCAAGUAUACGAAAGCAGAUAUGAUAAAGUGCAAAAGCAAUUAGACAAGACAAACUCAAGAGCUCAGCCACAAUUAAUUGAAAGAAAAUAAUCCCAGAAGUAGAGAGAAAAACUACAAUCCCAGUAAGAGGGGAAAACCUUUAACAAGAAAAAGCCAGGCAACAAGAAAUAAAAAAAUUUAACAGAAUCGUUUCCCUAAUCUAAUAUUCUAUAUCCCAUCAGUUCAUUAGGUUAUCAGUGGUUUUCACAUUAUGCUCCCUCAAAAUUCAGAGUUAAGAUGCUGCCAAAAUUAAUGGUUUCUCCAUUCAAAGAAAAUACACAAAAUUCAAAUUCCUAAAUUUCAAACUUUCUCCAAUGAAAUGUAAACAUUUUGCAUAUGCUUAUGUACAAACAAGCAUUGGGUCAAAAAUUAAAGAACAAUAGUGUUUGCAAACAGCCUACCAUGCCUAACUACUCAUGAUUUUCAUAUCACUUAAUGAUUAGAUACAACUGAAACUGCGACAAUUUCGGGGCAUCAGUCUGGCAAAUGUCGAGGACUACCAAUAUUCCAAGUACCACAUCAAACUUGAGCGCAUUGCUGAUUUGGGCCACAAAUGCCCUAUUAAAAAUGAAGA